UAUUCUAUCAGUAUUAAAUAUGUUUUCUCUCAUGUUCAAAAUAGGCUGACCAAGAGCUAAACAGGUAUGUCUGCAAAUUCUACUGAAGCCAAAGUUAUCAGACCUCUUGUGUUUUUAAAUCCCUAACUGCUCAAUCAUUAUCAUUUUAGAAGAGAAGAAUUUCUGAGAACUCAACAAGGUUUCAGAGAAAAUGCCUACAAGAUUAUCAUGAAGAUGGAUGACUGGUCUAACAUGACUCCAGGAAGUCAACACUUAGUGGAUGAGAUUCUUCACAGCAUCUUCUUUCUGGGUAAAAUCAACAGUAUCCCCUUUUCUCCAGAAGCAAUCUUCUCUGAUGACGAUAUUUUGAAAGCCUUAAAGGAAAACUAUCCCAGACCUUUUGAAUUUUAUCUGACUGAGCUUCCCAGACGGAGUCCGUUCUCCUGUGUGCUCGACAUGAUUGUCCUGCGGGAAAAUCCAGAGAAUGAAGAGCAAAUAAAGCAGAGUCUGCAAGAACUCAUCAGAGACCUAGCUCCAAAUAUUCUGGUCUCCUCCAUCAUCUGCAUUUCUCAGAAAUCCAACACCGACCAAAAUUCAAAGAGGUACUACGGAGUCUCCAUGUCCACCAACGGUCCUAACCCGAGGACAAUUGUGAUUGGUGCCUCCUGUCUUAGCAAAUGGGAUGAAUAUGUAUCUGGUGCAGUGAUGACCUAUUACCCAAAAAAGGUCAAGAAAGAUUACUUUGAUGCAACCAUUGAAGUACCUGGAAACAUCAGGUGUGAGUCAUUUAGUCUCAGUCGUGAUGAACAAAUGAGCCCUUGUGGAUCAUGUCACAAUUUGUUUGGCUUGAACACAGAAGAAACCAAAGAGUGGGAUUAUGGUAACUGUGCUGAACCCGAGAGCCUGAGCAACUUGCUUAAAAAUGAGGAAGAAGUUAAAAAUAAAACACAUGUACAUGAAUAUUCAGCUGAAAACAGGCAGAGAGCUGAGGAAGAGGUUCGUGAGGCUCUUCAGGCAGUGUUGAGAAUGAUUCACUUUAACACCUGGACAGGUGAAUUUUACAACCCAGAGUCAGAGUGAGAUGUCAUGAAAUCAUCUGCAUAAGGUGACCUGACACAUCUGCUUUGAUAUGAUUCUGAUGAAUGAAAGAGGCUCUGCGCUGACAGCACGAGUGUGGAUUUGCUGUAAUCACAGACACACAUUAGCGCGCUGAAAUUGUUUAUUCUCCAGCUCUGUGUAAUGUGCUUUGUAGAAAUUAUAACAACAAUACAUAUCAGCAUGUAAAAAUGAACUGUGCAAAAAA